AUGUCUUUCAUUGCUAAACGUCAAUUGUCUACUUUGAUCCCACCAAAGAUCGCCUCUGCUAAAAACUUAGGUGCUAACCCAAAUGCUAAACGUUUAGUUAACGUUGUCAACUUUUACAAAGCUUUACCACAAGGUGAAGCUGCUCCAAAUAAACCAUUUGGUCCAAUUGCUCGUUAUAAAGAAAAAUUCUUCAAUGGUGACAAUGCUUCAGGUAAACCAAUCUUACAUCUUGCAGCUUUUGUUUUAAUUUUUGGUUACUCAUGUGAAUAUUAUUUCCAUUUACGUCAUCAUAAAGGUGGUGCUGAACAUCAUUAG